AUGCGCGCGCAGGUGCAGAGCGCGGAGGCGAGGGCCAGAGUGGCCAAGCUCGGCCUGGCCGCCGUGCUGGCCUACGGGCUGUUCGACGCCGUUACCUACACCACCUUCUUCGUGCUCGCGUUCCUCGGCUACGAGAAGAGCACCGGCAAGAACCCUGCGGCCAAUCUCAAGGCUCUGCUUGGUAUUGUUAUCCUAAUGUGGACUGGUAACAAUGUUACAAGGCCAUUCCGAGUCGCUGGUGCAGCUGCUUUGGCCCCGGUGAUUGACAAGGGCUUGAAGGGUAUUCAGGAGAAACUUAACCUUCCAACCCAGAUGUAUGCCUUUGCACUUGUGUUUGGAUCCGUGGCCACGGUAUGCUUCACAGUCGUUGGUAUCUUGGUCCUCUCAAAGUGGGGAAAGUAA